AAGGAUCCUCUCACUCAUAACUUGCUAUCAAAAUUUCACAGUACGUACAAUGGCUUUUUAUCGCACAAACCUUCCCACUUGUUUGUUAGCCCUUGUUUCAGUCAUCUUUAUUAUGUUAGCCACAAAUAUAAACUCAGUUCAAGCACUGUCUUUCAGUUUCACCAAAUUCUACCCUGGAAAUUCUGCCAUCACCCUCCAAGGCGAUGCCCAGAUUUUAUCCAAUGGUGUCUUGGCACUGACCAACAGUACACCACUUCCUCCAUCUAUAACUCUUCCAACUACCGGUCGUACCUUAUAUACAACACCUUUAACCCUUUGGGACAGUGUUACUGGCAAUGUUGCCAGCUUUGUCACUUCCUUUUCUUUCGCCAUAGCGACCGCGGAAGGACGUGCCGCAACCGAUGGACUGGUCUUUUUCAUUGCACCACAAGACACUGUGAUUCCCGACAACUCAGACAGUUUAUAUCUUGGAGUAGUUGAUAGUAAAACUUCAAUCAACCGGUUUGUUGGUGUCGAGUUUGACCUUUAUGCCAAUUCUUUUGAUCCCUAUAAGAGACAUAUCGGAAUCGACAUCAACUCCUUAAUUUCCACCAAGACAGUGAGAUGGAACUGGGUGAGUGGUUCAUUGACUAAAGCAACUAUAAUCUAUGACUCUCCUUCUAACGCAUUGACUGUAGUUGUCACUUAUGCAAAUGGUAAAAUUUCUACCAUUUCACAAGCGGUUGAUUUGAAAGCUGUGCUUCCCAACAUUGUUAGGAUUGGUUUUUCUGCUACUUCAAUAAAUGGUGCAGCACACAACAUCCAUUCAUGGUCAUUUACAUCAAACUUGGUAACAACAACAAGCAGUGUCUCAGACAUAUGAAUAAUGUUGUUGCAAGUUAUGCUUAUUAGCAGCUUGUAAUAACUAUCUACUAUUUCUAAAUAAAAACCCUGCUUACUAGCUAGCAGCUUGUGUGAUUUUCUUUAUUUUAAGCAGUAUGUGUGACCUCUAUGUACGUGUUUUCUUUUAAAAUAAAGACCAUGUUUCUAUUAA